AUGGAGAUUAAUCUGCCCGAACCCCCAUCAGAAACAUACCAGAGUAACCUCGACUGUGAUGGUACCCCCUCUGAUAAUCCCGUGACUAGUUGCGACCCCGCCGAGUCAAACCUAUCACCACCAGCCUCCAGCCGUCAGCCAUUCUUGAGCGUACGAUCAUGCGUGACAUGUCGUCGUCGGAAGGUCAAAUGCGACAAGGCAAUCCCGUGCGCCAACUGCGCGAGGCAUGGGUCUAAGUGUGUGUUUCCACCUCCUGGUCGAGCCCGGCCGAAACCGCGCGCUCGAGCUGCCGAGCGUAUCCUCCAGAGAGGUCCAGGAGGCAGACCCGUAUCCGACCAGACAGCGGCCUUCGUUUCAAAAGAAUGCCCAACUUUGAGCCAGUCGGAUAUACAGUUUCGACUCGAUGAGGGUGUUGUGGCCAAAGAGCAGUGGAUUGAUCGAUGGUGGUCCAUCGGAGAGAGGCUGCCCAAACGACUCUACAUGUUCGACGCGAAGCCAGGAGAUGAUGCUGAAGAAGAGGCCAACUGCGAGUAUACUUUACGUCUAGUGGAGCUAAGAGAACUGCUUCACAAGGCCGACGAGGUUAUCGCUAGCGACAGGGAAAUCACAAUUGAUUCUGAUGCUCGCAAUUUAGAUCCGGCCAAACGGUUUUUAGAUGACUUUAUGACUCCUCCCAGUACCCAUACUUUGGCUUUUUGCUCUACCUCACCCGACUGGAACCUCGGCAGUCAGCACCCUUCUCCGUCACAGAUACCAUUUUACUGGCAGACAUUUGUUGAAAACGUCAAUCCCUUGGUAAAACUCUUCCACAUCCCGACGUUGAGCAAGACAAUCCGGAGCAUUCAAGGUAGGGUCCGUUCGCUCAGCCCACCCGAGGAAGCCUUGAUCUUCGCCAUCUACUUCGCUGCUGUAGGUUCCAUGGCUUUGAAAGAAGUAUGUUUACCCCCUGCCAUUCUUCUUUCGACAUCGACUGAUAUAGAGCAGGUGCGGGACCUUUUGGGUCAAGAGAAGGAGACCCUGAUCAAUCAAUAUCGCUGUGCUACUGAGCAGGCACUUGCAAGAGCAGAGUUCAUGACAUCUACGGACCUGAUGACACUACAAGCCUUUGUGUUGUAUAUUUAUUCUGCAAGGCAAUACGUGCAACUACGGUUGACCUUGAAUCUCACUGCACUCGCUGUGCGCAUAGCCCAAGGCAUCGGUGUACAUCUGGGUCCCAACUCUCAAGAGUCACCCUUCGACUUGGAGACACGACGAAGACUGUGGCUAUGCCUCUGGAUCCUAGACUUGAAGACGGCUCUAGAUUUGGGUACCAACUGGCUGAUAGCUGACGACUGUAUCAAUGGCGGACUUCCGCAAAAUAUCAACGACUCUGACCUUGAUCCCGCGUCCAUGGGGCAUCCAACUUCAAGGACAGGCAUGACCGACAUGACCCAUAUGCUGGUCAAGUAUGAGAUUGGCUUGCUCUUGAAGGAGUUGAUACGCGGGCAGGGGCAAAAGGGCGCUGAACUCUCCAAUGAAGAGGGGAUGGAAGAAUUGGUGGCAAAGCGCAAAGUGCAGAUUCAAGAGCGUUACCUUCAGCACUGCUCAGAUAACGGCUUGGAGUGGCUUACGGCCACUAAUGCAAAGCUGUUCCUUGCCGCGACAUCUCUGCUCAUCUACCACCCUGUCUUAUCCUCCAAGUUGCGGUUCUCCGUCUCGAAUGACGUUCGAGACCAUCUAGUAGCAGCGUGUGUUGAGACUAUCGAGUGCUUGCACGUGUUGGAGACGAUGUCGCCGCCUCAUCGCCGAGGCUGGAUUUUCGGCACUUAUUUACAUUGGCAUGCAACCGCCUUCAUAUUGGAAAGCUUGUAUCUGAGGCGUUACAAGGCAGACGUUGCUCGACGGUCUUGGAAUGCCUUGGGACUCGUAUCAAGUCUCUGUACCACAAGCCUUGGAGACCUUAGGACCCGUGGGCCAUGGUCUGCACUCGCAAAACUUGUCGAGAGGGGAAAACGAAUACACGAGGCCAGCCUAGUCUUGGAUGCCCAGGGAUCCAAUAACAAGAGCCGAGUCGUACCGUCAGCCACCCCCAUCGAGGUGGACGUUGAGCUUCCUUACCAAGUCGAGACCGGUUCGAAUCUGUCAAAUAUUAGAGGUUCCAUCAGUAGCAUGAGACACGAGCUACACUCUAUCCCCGAUGGCUUCUUGGAAACACCCAACCCCGCAAUGUCAUUCGAGACAUCAUCUAUCAGACCCAGCUUCCCAGAUUUCAACGAGCAGUUUACAACUGGCGGCAGUCACUCAAUCAGCGAGUUUACUGAUAAUCUGCCGAUAUCAGAAGGUGCCUUUUCAACGAACCCUGUAUUCUCAGGAUUGUGGCUUACAGAGAACCAACCUGGUCAGGUUGAAGCCCGGGAUAGCUUUGAAAGGACGUAUUUGGCAGGAUUCAAAAAGAACCCUACCACACUAUUGAUCAUCUCCAAGCCAGCACCUUACGCAGUUCUCUUCAAGUGUCUCUUGGCAAUCUUGUCGACCAACUCUCAAAUCGGGUGA